AUGCAUCUCAAAUCCACUGCCUUCCUCUCCCCCUUCGCCGCCACCACAACAGCCAAACUCCUCAGCAACCCCUCAGCUUCACCCUCCUCUCCCGCCCUUAACCACGAUGACUACGACUGCAUCUACCAAAACCGCGGCUGCGACUGGACUAAGUCCGAGUACGGCUACGGCAGCGACUACUGCGGGCACUAG